CCGAUCAGUUGACUUUCAGUUGCUCGCGUGAUCAGAUGGCCGUAAAAUUGAACAUUCCCUUGCUGUUGCUGGCCCUGUUGGCGGGCGGCAGUCAGGCUGCCAAUAUUCUGGGACUCUUCACCAGUUUGAGUCCCUCGCAUUUGGUCAUUCAGAUGUCAAUGGCCAAGAUACUGGCCGAGAGUGGACACAAUGUGACUGUGGUCACUGCCCUGAAGCCGCCGUUUCUGCAUCAAUCCAUCAAUCAUAUUCAAGUGCCACUCAAUGAGGCGGAUGGCAAGUCCUUUGGCGCCCUUGUUGCGGGCAUGGCCAAGAGGGAUACCAGCAAUCCGGUCAUUUCCAUGUUCUUGGCCAUGGGCUCCAUGCUGUCGCUCUUUGGCAAAAUGGAGGAUGUCUUGAGGCACCAGAAGGUGCAGGAUCUGUACGAACAGCCCGACAAUCACUUUGAUUUGGUCAUCUUGGGUUACUUUAUGAACAGCCUGCAGCUGUCGGUGGCCCACAAGUUGAAGGUGCCACAAAUAGUGGCACUCUCCAAUCCGCCCGUCCUGCUGGGCUCUGUCCUGGGCAAUCCCAGUGAAAUCUCCUAUGUGCCAUCCCUGAAUGUGGUCGUGGAAAAGGGUCAAACGAUGAGCAUUUUCCAGCGUUUGUUGAACAUAUUCGGCACUGUGGGACAAUGGAUAUUUAUGCUGGCGAUUGAGCAUAAUAAUGACAAAAUUUACAAAGACCUCUAUGGCGAUGAUCCCUCGAUGCCACGCUAUGAGGAUCUGUAUAAGAACAUUUCCCUCAUAUUCUUUGCUUCGCAUGGCAUCAGUGAGGGUCCCAUUCGACCCAAUGUGCCCGCUGUGAUCGAAGUGGGCGGCAUACAGGUCAAGGAUCAACCAGAUCCUCUGCCCAAGGAUAUAGAAGAGUUUCUAAACGGCGCCACAGAGGCACAGGGCGCCAUUCUGCUCAGUCUGGGCUCCAAUGUGAAGGCGGAACACAUCCAAACGGACACCGUGCAAAAGAUGUUCAAUGUCAUCUCGAAACUAAAGCAUAAAGUCAUCUGGAAAUGGGAUGACCUGGAGAAUACGCCAGGGAAAUCGGCGAAUAUUCUCUACGCCAAGUGGCUGCCACAGGACGAUAUCCUGGCCCAUCCCAAGAUCCGGCUGUUCAUUACCCACGCGGGCAAGGGAGGCGUCACCGAGGCCCAGUAUCACGGCAAACCCAUGCUAGCCCUCCCAGUGUUUGGCGAUCAGCCGGGCAAUGCUGAUGCCAUGGUCAGUCAGGGCUUUGGUCUGUCUCUCAGCCUCCUGACCCUCGAGGAGCAGUCCUUCCGCGACACUAUACUCGAAAUUCUGGACAAUCCCAAGUACAAUCAAGCGGUGAAAGCCUUUUCCUCGCUCUACCGCGAUCGUCCUCUGAGCGCUCGUCAAACCCUACUCUAUUGGGUGGACUAUGUCAUCCGGCAUCAUGGUGCGCCGCAUCUGCAGAGUCCGGUGGUGCACAUGAGCCUCAUAGAAGCCCAUAAUUUGGAUAUUUAUGCCUUGCUUUUGGGCAUACUAUUUAUUAUUUAUUGGAUUAGCAAGCGUUUGCUUUGUGCCAUUUGUAGGAAAUUUGGUACAAAAAAAUCGAAGAGUCACUUAAAAAACAAAACCAAAACGCAAAAAAAAACAAUAAAGUCAUUCAGCAGUCGUAAGUUUUGAUAAGAAA